AGAGGACCAGACGCCCAGGUCGCCUGCAUCCCUGUGCCGCAGGAGCGAGCAAGCGCGCCCCGGCCCUGCUCCCCAGCCUUCGCCCGGGCGCCCCGCCUGCUUUCUCGGUCCCAGAGACCGAGCACCUGUCCUCCGCGUCGGCCCCAUCUGAGCCCCCCUCCUUCGGAGCGCACACCGCCCUCCUGCCCGAGAAGUGCCCCAGCCUGUCGCCGGCGACCACCAUGGCGGAGACCAACAACGAAUGUAGCAUCAAGGUGCUCUGCCGAUUUCGGCCCCUGAACCAGGCCGAGAUUCUGCGGGGGGACAAGUUCAUCCCCAUUUUCCAAGGGGACGACAGCGUCGUUAUUGGGGGGAAGCCGUAUGUCUUUGACCGCGUGUUCCCCCCAAACACAACCCAGGAGCAAGUUUAUCAUGCAUGUGCCAUGCAGAUUGUUAAAGAUGUUCUUGCUGGCUACAAUGGCACCAUUUUUGCUUAUGGACAGACAUCCUCAGGGAAAACACAUACUAUGGAGGGAAAGCUGCAUGACCCUCAGCUGAUGGGAAUCAUUCCUCGAAUUGCCCGAGACAUCUUCAACCACAUUUACUCCAUGGAUGAGAACCUUGAGUUCCACAUCAAGGUUUCUUACUUUGAGAUUUACCUGGACAAAAUUCGUGACCUUCUGGAUGUGACCAAGACAAAUCUGUCUGUGCAUGAGGACAAGAAUCGGGUGCCCUUUGUCAAGGGUUGUACUGAACGCUUUGUGUCCAGUCCAGAGGAGAUUUUAGAUGUGAUUGACGAGGGGAAAUCAAAUCGCCACGUGGCUGUCACCAACAUGAAUGAACACAGCUCUCGGAGCCACAGCAUCUUCCUCAUCAACAUCAAGCAGGAGAACAUGGAGACCGAGCAGAAGCUCAGUGGGAAGCUGUAUCUAGUGGACCUGGCGGGGAGCGAGAAGGUCAGCAAGACCGGAGCAGAGGGAGCCGUGUUGGACGAAGCAAAAAAUAUCAACAAGUCACUGUCAGCCCUUGGGAACGUGAUCUCCGCGCUGGCUGAGGGCACAAAAACCUACGUUCCAUAUCGUGACAGCAAAAUGACACGGAUUCUCCAGGACUCUCUGGGGGGAAACUGCCGGACAACUAUGUUCAUCUGCUGCUCACCGUCCAGCUACAACGAUGCAGAGACCAAGUCCACCCUGAUGUUUGGGCAGCGGGCAAAGACCAUUAAGAACACUGCCUCGGUGAAUCUGGAGUUGACUGCUGAGCAGUGGAAGAAGAAAUACGAGAAGGAGAAGGAGAAGACAAAAGCUCAGAAGGAGACCAUCGCAAAGCUGGAGGCUGAGCUGAGCCGGUGGCGCAAUGGAGAGAAUGUGCCUGAGACGGAGCGCCUGGCUGGGGAUGACGCAGCCCUGGGAGCUGAGCUCUGUGAGGAGACCCCUGUGAAUGACAACUCGUCCAUUGUGGUGCGCAUCGCGCCUGAGGAGCGGCAGAAAUACGAGGAAGAGAUCCGCCGCCUCUAUAAGCAACUGGAUGACAAGGAUGAUGAGAUCAACCAGCAGAGCCAGCUCAUAGAGAAGCUUAAGCAGCAGAUGCUGGACCAGGAAGAGCUGCUGGUGUCCACCCGAGGGGACAAUGAAAAGGUCCAGCGGGAGCUGAGCCACCUGCAGUCAGAGAAUGACGCUGCUAAGGAUGAAGUGAAGGAAGUGCUACAGGCCCUGGAGGAGCUGGCUGUGAACUACGACCAGAAGUCCCAGGAAGUGGAAGAGAAGAGCCAGCAGAACCAACUUCUGGUGGAUGAGCUGUCUCAGAAAGUGGCCACCAUGCUGUCCCUGGAGUCUGAACUGCAGCGGCUACAGGAGGUCAGUGGACACCAGCGAAAACGCAUCGCUGAGGUGCUGAAUGGGCUGAUGAAGGAUCUGAGUGAGUUCAGUGUCAUCGUGGGCAAUGGAGAGAUUAAGCUGCCGGUGGAGAUCAGCGGAGCCAUUGAGGAGGAGUUCACCGUGGCCCGGCUCUAUAUCAGCAAAAUCAAAUCGGAAGUCAAGUCUGUGGUCAAGCGCUGCCGGCAGCUUGAGAACCUGCAAGUCGAAUGUCAUCGCAAGAUGGAAGUGACUGGGCGGGAGCUCUCCUCCUGUCAGCUCCUCAUCUCCCAGCACGAGGCCAAGAUCCGCUCGCUUACAGAGUAUAUGCAGAGCGUGGAGCUAAAGAAGCGGCACCUGGAAGAGUCCUAUGACUCCCUGAGUGAUGAGCUGGCCAAGCUCCAGGCCCAGGACUGUCCUAACCCAGAAGAACAUCACGGCGGGCCCAUUCUGGAAACUGUGCAUGAAGUGGCCCUGAAGGACAAGGAGCCAGACACACAGGAUGCAGAUGAAGUGAAGAAGGCCCUGGAGGUGCAGAUGGAGAGUCACCGGGAGGCCCAUCACCGGCAGCUGGCCCGGCUCCGGGAUGAGAUCAAUGAGAAGCAGAAGACCAUCGAUGAGCUCAAAGACCUGAAUCAGAAGCUCCAGUUAGAGCUAGAGAAGCUGCAGGCUGACUACGAGAAACUGAAGAACGAAGAGCAUGAGAAGAGCAGCAAACUCCAGGAGCUGACAUUUCUGUACGAGCGACAUGAACAAUCCAAGCAGGACCUCAAGGGUCUGGAAGAGACAGUUGCCCGGGAACUCCAGACCCUCCACAACCUUCGCAAACUGUUCGUUCAAGACGUCACGACUCGAGUCAAGAAAAGUGCAGAAAUGGAGCCCGAGGACAGUGGGGGGAUUCACUCCCAAAAGCAGAAGAUUUCCUUUCUUGAGAACAACCUGGAACAGCUUACAAAAGUUCACAAACAGGUGGAUGACUGGGUUUCAAAGCUGGUACGUGACAAUGCAGAUCUGCGUUGUGAGCUUCCUAAAUUGGAAAAACGACUUAGGGCUACGGCUGAGAGAGUUAAGGCCCUGGAGGGUGCACUGAAGGAGGCCAAGGAGGGCGCCAUGAAGGACAAGCGCCGGUACCAGCAAGAGGUGGACCGCAUCAAGGAGGCCGUUCGGUAUAAGAGCUCUGGCAAGCGGGGCCAUUCUGCUCAGAUUGCCAAACCUGUCCGGCCCGGCCACUACCCAGCAUCUUCACCCACCAACCCCUACGGCACCCGGAGCCCUGAGUGCAUCAGUUACACCAACAGCCUCUUCCAGAACUACCAGAAUUUGUACCUGCAGGCUGCACCUAGCUCCACCUCCGACAUGUACUUUGCAAACUCCUGUACCAGCAGUGGGGCCACAUCUUCCGGAGGUCCCUUGGCUUCCUACCAGAAGGCCAACAUGGACAAUGGAAAUGCCACAGAUAUCAAUGACAACAGGAGUGACCUGCCAUGCGGCUAUGAGGCUGAGGACCAGGCCAAGCUGUUCCCUCUCCACCAAGAGACGGCAGCCAGCUAAUCUCCCUCAUGGACUGCCACAUACCUGCACUUUCAGUUUCUAAGAGGGACUGAGGCCUCUUCUCUCAGCAUGCUGCAAACCUGUGGUCUCUGAUACUAACAACUCCCUCCCCAGCCCUUGUUGUUUGACUGUACUGUUUGAUGUCUACUCUUACUCUGUAUCUCUUUGUACUCUGUAUCUAUAUAUCAAAAGCUGCUGCUAUGUCUCUC